AUGGGACGAGAUCACGUCAAGGUUUGCGUGCGAACAAGGCCCACGUCUACCUUUGCACAAGAUGCCAUCGUCAUCGACAAGGAAGCACAGACAAUUACGGUCAACCAUGGCACGCUGGAGCAAGAGGCAGAAAUCGCCGCCACCGGGAUGCACGACAAUCGCCAAAACUCCUUCCGCUUCCAGUUCCAUCACGUCUUGCACAACGCUGGCCAGGACACCAUUUACGAUGGGCUUGCCCGGGACGUCGUCCAGGGCGCAGUCGACGGCAUAAGCGGGUGCAUCAUGACCUACGGGCAGACCGGCUCGGGCAAGACUUUCACCAUGUCUGGAGACUCCGGAAACUACCAGCACCGUGGCAUAUCCCCCAGAGCUCUGACGCACGUUUUCCAGGAAGUGAACGCUAGAAUCGAAACCGCCUUUAGCGUCAACAUAACCUACAUGGAGAUCUACAACGAGAAAAUAUUCGACCUCCUCGUGGACCCUGCUGUCAACGCCACGAAGGGAGACUACACCAUUGCAGAAGAUCGGGCUGGAAGGGGAGUGUUUGUCAGGGGCCUGACAGAGGUGGAGGUCAAGUCCGAGCAAGAGGCCUUGAACCUUCUGUACGGGGGAGAGCUGAUGCGCACAACCGCUCAGCACAACCUCAACAAGAAGUCGAACAGGAGCCACUCCAUCUUCACGGUGUACGUUACUCAGAGGGCUAAAAGCGGCGUCAGUGAAAAGGUGGUAUCGUCGAAGCUCAAUUUAGUAGACUUGGCUGGAAGCGAACGGCUCAAGAAAGCGCUCGAUCAGGAGAGAUUGGAAGGGCGAACCGUUUCCGAUGAGACGAUCAAGAAGGAGAGCAUGUACAUCAACCAAUCGCUCAGCUACCUCGAGCAGUGUGUCGUGGCCCUCAGCAGGAGGAACGCUGGACACGUCCCGUACCGCCAGAGCAAGCUGACCAACGUCCUGAAGGAUUCACUAGGGGGGAAUUGUAACACUCUUUUGCUCGCGUGCAUCUGGGGCGAGGCCCAGCACUUGGAAGAGACCAUGUCUACCCUCCGACUCGCCAGCCGCAUGAUGCGAGUGCAGAACGAGACGCACGCGCUCGAGGUGCUGGACCCAAUGCAAACCCUCAAGAAACAGGAGAGAACAAUCCGAGAUCUCAAGCAGGAGUUGUUGAUGCACGAUGCCUUGGCGGACAGAUCGAGAGUGGUCUACGACCCGUACACGCCCGAGCAGCAGCAAGGUAUCCGUCGCCAACUGGAAAAAUUUGUUGCGGCCCAGGGUCCCGAGGAAGAGGAAGCGUCGUUCCCGCCGCUGGAGAGCGUACGCCAAAUGAGGGAGAUAUGCCGCGUAUUCAAGACCCUAAUCCUCGAAGUGCAGGGGGAUGCCAGAAGCGCUCUUCUCAAUUCGGCGGGUGGGAUGGGCGAAGGAGGCCUAGCCACUCCAGAGGACGGCGACACGAGGGAAGGGGUGGAAGGCGGCAACCCGAAUAAGAUGCAGGGCACCGCGGACACGUUGGUCGGAUCCAUGGAGCCUGACAACGGCUUCGGGUUGGGGCGGGCACCGGAUCACGCACGACCGGUGACGGUAGACUCAACGAGGGACAGGCCGCUCUCGAGACAGCAGCAAGGUGGUCGAGGGGGGGCGAGCUCCGCGUUUAUGGCGGGGGCACCGCCAGCGGGACAGAGCGAGCCCAAGGAUGGUUUACUGUCGCCCGUGCUGUCGGCCUCCGAGGUUGGAGACGAUGGCCCUUCUGCGACAAAGCGCCACUUUGGCCGGAGCCGGGUCGGAGGUGGAGCUGGGGGCGGGGUACAAGCGCCGGCCUCGGGCACCACGUUCAAUGACCGUUCAUUGUUGGCGGGCGGGGCAGGUGGAGGGCCGUCGGGGGGCAGAUGGGGUGGGGGCGGUGGGGUGGUGGGAGAGGCGAAGAGCGCCAUGUACGAGGCGUUCAAGCAGGGGGUGGGACGCCAGCUGAACGGCGAGCUCUUGGCCACGAAGGCUUUGGCGAAGGCGCAAAAGGAAGGUGUCCGCGAACAAGCGGCGAGGGUAAACGCUCUCAAGAAGCAAAUCGAUCAACUCCAGGCGACCGUGCGCGAUAAAAGGCUGAAGCGGCCCUCCCUGCCUGACGUAAAGGGCACCGCCGAUGACGUCAUGGACGAAGACGAGUUCAAACUUGUGACCCAGGAACGGGAGACAAAGCGGAACUAUAAGGAGGCGUUUGAGGUACUGGCCAAGGCCAAGGCGAAGAUGGAAGCGUCCGCUCAGCAGGAGGAGGAGCUCAGGAAGGACCUGAUCCAGUCGUUCGACGGCUACUUGGAAGAAAAGGCGGAGGGCGGCUUUGAGGAGGAUGGGCUAGAUAUCGACAGCAGGGCGCCUCUGUCACCGGGUGGGGGCAUUCGGUGGGAUGAAGGAGGCUUCGAGGACACGGGAUCGUUGGAACAAGCCGCGUUGACGCGGGUGGCGGACAAAGACCAGAAUUCCCUCGCCUUUUUCCAGGCCCAAAAAACGAGGAUCGCCACUCGAAACCAGAACACUCUCGCCCUGAAGCAGGCGCACAGGUCGAAGCGGAACCGAUGA